AGAGGACAUUAUCACUACGCCAUCAGAUUGAUAGAGUCUGUUGCGUUGACAUGCUGUCUAAUUAUAGCUGAAGACAAUAACUCGGUAACCGCGUGUUUGUAAUCCGCGCCGGCGUCGGGGUGCCACUAUCUACGCUACCUGUAUGUACUUAUGGGACCACGUGACCGCAAUGAUAAACAAAACCGGAUAGUAUUCGGCUAGAUCUCAUAGUACUUACGAGUGUGUGGAGUGGAGACAUGGCUACGGAACAAGACACGGACAGCGGCUCGCACUCCAGCAACCUCCGGUUGUGUGGUUGUUGCGAGUGUAUGGGCGGAGGCAGCGAGGCUAGCGGAGGUGGUGGGCUGCGGUGGCGCGCGCUGGCUGCCGAACUGGUCGGCACCUGCCUGCUGCUCUUCCUCACGUGCCUCUCCAACUGCGGGGAGCCCGCACCUUCGCCGCUCUACAAGGCCAUUGCCGCCGGCUUCAUAGUCGCCAUGAUUGUACAAAUAUUCGACCACAUCUCCGGCGCGCAGCUGAACCCCACGGUGACUGUGGCGGGGCUGGUGGCGGGGCGGUGGGGCGCCGCCGCCGCCGCCGCAGAGGUCGCCGCCCAGCUGCUGGGCGCCGCGCUCGGGGGCGCGCUGCUGCGAGCCGCCGCCCCCGCCUCCCUCGCCACCCCCGCAGCCCCCCACGCCGCCGCCGCCGCCUGCCUCACGCUGCCCGCCAACGGGGUCUCGCCCCACCAGGCCGUGGCGGUGGAGGCGGCGCUGGGCGCGUGCCUGGCGCUGGCCAACUGCGCCUCGUGGGACGCGCGCAACCGCUACCUCAAGGACUCGUGGCCGCUGCGCAUCGGACUCACAGUCGCCGCGCUCUCACUGGCCGCCGGUCAGCUGACUGGCGCCAGCAUGAACCCGGCGCGCAGUUUCUCGCCGGCGCUCUGGUCCAACACGUGGACCCAUCACUGGGUGUACUGGGCGGGCGGGCCGGCGGGCGGCGCGGCGGCGGCGGCGCUGUACCGCGGCGUGUGGCGCGCGCCGACCGGGGCCCGCGGCCGGGGGGCUCCCUCCCCGCCCCCG